UGAUUUUGAGUGAGACCCGAGGCACAGAUUGGUUGUUUGUAUGGUUGGUUGGUUGGUUGGUUGGAUAUAUGUGUAGAGAUGUUAUAGUUAGAAUCAAGUUAACAGCACAACAGAAAAUAUUCAGCUUGGUUCGUCAGGUUCGGCCAAAAUAUCAAAAAACAUGGCUAUAAAUGAGAAUGCUCUGCGGAAAAUGUUGUCUAAGAUGGACUUUCUUGUUGCCCAGGGUUAUAAAUACAGGGACUUGACUGUGCGUGAAAUCACCAACGUGACUACUCAGUACAAAGAUCUCAGGCCUGUGAUGGACAACUAUGUGUUCAAUGAUGGCUCCACCAAGGAAUUGUUGAGUCUUACAGGAACUGUGCCAGUAACCUACCGAGGAAAUAUUUACAACAUUCCCAUAUGCCUGUGGCUGCUUGACUCCUAUCCAUACAACCCACCCAUCUGCUUUGUCAAGCCCACAAGUACUAUGAUGAUCAAAACAGGAAAACAUAUUGAUGCCAAUGGAAAAAUCUACUUGCCAUACUUGCAUGAAUGGAAGCAUCCUCAGUCCGACUUGUUUGGCCUGAUCCAGGUGAUGAUCGUGGUGUUUGGAGAAGAGCCACCAGUCUUCUCUCGGCCUACCACACAGACACAGUACCCAGCUUUUCAAACGGCUGGCCCACCAAAUUCUUCCUAUAUCCCAAACCCACCUGGCUCUCCAUUUACACAGAGCCAUUCUGCUAACCCAGGGGGCUUUCAGGGUUAUCCUUACCCUGCUGGAGGUUCUGGAUACCCCACCACAUCAGGUGCAACACAGUACCCUCCUACUACUCCUGGGGGUCCCAGUCGUGACGCCACCAUCGGAGAGGACACGAUCCGUGCAUCCCUGGUGUCCGCCGUGAGUGACAAGUUGCGCUGGAGGAUGAAGGAGGAGAUGGACCGAGCUCAGGCUGAGCUGGAUGCCCUGAAGAGGACAGAGGAGGACCUGAAAAGGGGGCACCAGAAACUGGAGGAGAUGGUCACCAAGCUGGAUCAAGAGAUAGCUGAUGUGGACAAAAACAUUGAGCUUCUGAAGCAAAAAGACGAGGAGCUGACAGCUGCUCUGGACAAGAUGGAGAACCACACAGAGAACAAUGACAUUGAUGACCUUAUCGUGCCCACAGCACCGCUCUACCGCCAGAUCCUGAGCCUCUACGCUGAGGAGAAUGCCAUAGAGGACACCAUCUUCUACCUGGGGGAGGCUCUGCGCCGAGACGUCAUAGACCUGGACGUCUUCCUCAAGCACGUGAGGCUCCUCUCCCGGAAGCAGUUCCAGUUGCGAGCUCUCAUGCAGAAAGCCAGAAAAACUGCAGGCCUUAGCGACCUCUGCUGAUCAGGUCUGGCAUGCCUCCCUGUGCACCCGCAGUUGCAAUGGGUACUGCAGCUUUCCCACAAAACAAGGACCACGUUUCCCACAGUAGUUAAACAGCUACUGAAGGCUAUCAGCAUGGUACUUCUAUAGCAUAAAUCACUUUCUGGAUUUUGGCAAGUGUCUGUAACCAAAAGAAUACUAGAACUUUGCAUAAUUUUACUUCACUUGAAGCUUAGGGGUGUGAAACUCCUGGAAUCAUUAAUCUUGAAUUAUGAUUCAACACUUAAGAUUGACUUUCUUUUUGCUAUGAAUAUAAAUAUGAAGUGACCUUUUCAUAUGGUUUUUAGUGUUUAUGACAAUCUCACUUGGUAACAGCACCUUUUUUCAUGGGAUAAUUGCAAAGAUGACAGCUACUGUUAUGGUUGCUAAGGAAAGGAUUUAAACUUUAGUGGACCUAACAUACAUGCAUCUUUACUGCGCCAUUCAUCCGAAACUUUGCAUGGCUGCAUGCUUAUUACAUCUAAAGGCCCUGAAGUGUUCUGGGUACCAGUUGAAGCACUUUGAUUCUUUUACAGAUGAAUCAAUCUACAAUAACUUCACCUAAACAGAUACAUGUACAUAUUAUGACAAUUUGUAUGCUGCUCAAAACACCCUGAAUCGUGUGCAUGGAAGAAUUUUUUUCUUUUUUUCCUUCUUUUUUUAUAUAUA